UUUUACUCAGUUGGUGCUAAUAAUGUUUAUUAGAUUAACAGAAGCAAGUGUUUCCUAGCUGUUUUUCAGUUUAUUAAAAAGUAUUUAGCAAACAAUGAACAUUACCACUGAGGCCGAACUAAUUCAUCCCUCUGUAGACUACGCCCUAACCCCUCAAAGCCAUCUAGACAGCGCUGAAGUAUCAAGACGUAGAAGCUCGAAUAGGUCUAUCAAACGGAAAAAGUUCGAUGAUGAACUUGUGGAGUAUAGUCUAGGUAUGCCCGGUGUCUCCAAUAUCAAGGCUCCAAGAGGUAGAAUACAGUCUGCACACAGCGAAUAUACAGUACCAUCACCUGCUACGCCUCCAGUUGUUCCCCCAGCACCAGUUGUACAACCCCACCUGGAUCCAAGAAGGAAACACAUUUCGAAGAGCUUGCCUGGCUCUUCGAAACGUAACAAAAAAGGCAGGCAAGCAAGUCAAUUCACCACCAAAGACCUGGGAAGAUGGAAACCUAUAGAUGAUUUGGCUUUGAUCAUUGGUGUCCAACAAACAAAUGAUCUACGCACAGUUCACUUAGGUACAAAGUUCUCAUGCAAGUUCACAGUACAAGAGUUGCAACAGAGAUGGUAUGCAUUGCUGUAUGACCAGGCAGUUUCAAGAGUUGCUGUUACUGCCAUCAGGAAUCUACAUCCUGACAUGAUAGCUGCAGUGCAAGAUAAGGCAUUGUGGAGUCUGCAGGAAGAGGAGAUUUUAGGGACAAUAAAAUCAAAUGCAAAUCCAGCUCCAACUUUGGAAUCUUUCGCCGAGUUGCUGUCUCAGCACGCUGACGUCUUCUACACAGGUCGUACUGCCGCUUCGUUGAUGCGCCACUGGCAGACUCUCAGACAGUACCACUUGUUGUCAGAUCAAGCACCACCAGCUUCGACAGUAGCAGCGGGUCUUGGUAAGGCCGUUUUGACCUUCAAUGAUGCUGAAGAAACUGUGCAUGAUUCUGAGUUGAGUGAACCACCCGAUGAACAGUUGGAAAGGGAGUUGAAGCUCCAACAGCGCCGCAACAUCAAAGAAAUCCGCCAACUGGAGAACGAAGUGGGUCGUUGGAACGUGCUGGUCGACAGUGUGACGGGCGUUUGUCCUGGAGAGCUGGACGGACAAACGUUGGCCGUGCUCAGGGGCAGAAUGGUGCGGUACCUGAUGCGAAGCAGGGAGAUCUCCAUCGGCAGGCAAGGCAAGGGGCACCAGGUGGAUAUCGAUUUGAGUCUCGAAGGGCCCGCGCAUAAGGUGUCUCGCCGACAAGGAACACUCAGAUUGAGGAAUACUGGCGAGUUCUACUUGUCAUCAGAAGGAAAACGUCCCAUUUUCGUGGAUGGGCGCCCCAUCGCUGCUGGCAAUAAAGUGCGCCUGUACGAUAAUGCAGUGGUUGAAAUUGCUUGCCUCCGAUUCAUUUUCAUUAUAAACCACGACCUUAUAAGGGCUAUUCAUAAUGAGUCAGUAAGGUAUAAUUUGCCACCAUAAGGUUGAAUGAUUCGUGUUUAUAUUUGCAGAACAGUUGUGAUUGUAUGUUCAUUUAACUUUUACUGUGAGAAAAUGAUUUCCUAUUUUUUUAGUUCAACACAAUAUAUGUUUCAGUGCGCUGUAUUGUCAUUAAUAAAUUAUUUAACAAAACCAUGUGUAUUAAGUCUGUUUUGCCAGUGAUUUUGCUGAGACAAGUACAAUGUUGGGAAUAUAAACCUAUUCAGAUUUUGGCUACUUAGCCAGUGUUUGAUUUGAUAAUGCAUGGGAGGGGGAAGAUUUUUACCACCAAGUGAGCAACAUUAAGAGACUGUUGCGAUUGAUGCUUAACCUGUAUUUUCAGUACUUGGUAAUGUAGC